GCCGCCGCCCCCCGCCCGCCGCCCGCCGCCGCCGCCGGGGGCUGCCGGCCGCGGCGGGGCCGGGCGCCGCCUGAUUGGCCGGGGCGCGGGCGCGGGGAAGGCGCGGCGGCGGCGGGAGGCGGCGCGGCGGCGCAGCCCGCAGGAUGGGCGGCAGAGCCGGCUUCUUCGAGGUGGAAAUCCUUGACUGGAAGACAAAGAAACAGCUAUGCUUCCUAGAUAAGGUUGAAUCAAAUGCCACAGUUAGGGAAAUCAGAUUGAUGUUCCAUAAAUUAUAUCCUCAGUGGUAUCCAGCAAGGCAGUCAAUAAGACUGGAUCCAAAAGGAAAGUCCCUGAGGGAUGAGGAAAUCCUGCAGCACCUCCCUGUUGGCACAACCGCUACCUUAUAUUUUAAAGAUUUAGGGCCACAGAUAGGAUGGACUAUGGUAUUUUUGAUAGAAUAUACAGGUCCAUUGUUCAUCUAUUUUCUGUUUUAUUUCCGCAUGCCUUUUGUCUAUGGCCUGGAUGAGAGGUUUACAUCAAGCCCACAUCCAGUAGUUAACUUGGCAUGUAUCUGCCAUUCUUUCCACUACAUCAAAAGGUUGAUUGAAACAAUAUUUGUUCAUCGGUUCUCCCAUGGAACUAUGCCACUGAGGAAUAUUGUGAAGAACUGCUUGUAUUACUGGGGAUUUGCUGCUUGGCUUGCUUAUUACAUCAAUCAUCCUCUUUACACCCCUCCUUCCUACGGGAAAAAACAGAUAAAUUUUGCUGUGAUCAUGUUUCUGCUGUGUGAAGCUGGAAAUUUUUCUAUUCAUGUUGCCCUCAGUGACCUCCGGAGAGAUGGAUCCAGAACCCGUAAGAUCCCAUAUCCAACAAAGAAUCCUUUCACAUGGCUGUUUUUCUUUGUAUCUUGCCCUAAUUAUACAUAUGAGGUUGGGACAUGGAUCAGUUUCACUAUCAUGACUCAGUGUGUCCCAGUGGGGCUGUUCACCUUGCUUUGCUUCAUUCAGAUGACAAUCUGGGCAAAGGAUAAACAUUACACCUAUCUACGAGAAUUCAAGGAUUAUCCAAGUCUUCGAAUGCCAAUUAUUCCUUUUUUGUUGUAAGAAGAAAAGAUGAAUUUGAAUAUUGCAUGGAACUUCAAGAAGAAAAAGCUCAUGGGUUCUUUUUAUUCAUAAACCUCCUGCCAAAUAAGAGAAUUAAUUGGAUGAUUUUGAUGCAUGUUGAAUCUCUACUGCUUAGGGAAAUUAUAUAGCUUGAAAGCUAUACUUCCUUACACUCCAGAAUUCCUUAAUUCAGGAGCAGCUCUGAAAAAUAAGAUUUUAUUGCCUAGCUGGUAGUCAAGGGCCCCUUUGAUAGAUCAGAGAUAUCAAGAAGCCUGUGCUGAAAAGCAGCUCCAAAUUUAGCAGUGGCAUUCAGCAAGAGUGUGACAUAAGUACGCCGGAAUGAGCACUUACCAGCUAGCUACUGGAGAGCUCAGCUCAGCCAGUGUGCCCUGCUGGCCUGAAGACAGCUGCAUGUUCUGCCUUCUUUGCAUUGAGAAAGAGUGUGCUGCCUGGAGGCAGGUGCUUUGUGAGAAAUAACAUUACCAAAGAGUAUGAGUGGUUCUUGGAAUAAAGAAGUAGGCAAUAUCCCAAAUACCUCAUUUGGGUCUAGUCCAUAAUUUGCCAAAUUAACAUGAAAUAAGUAGUAUUUGUGGAUGUAACAUCCUGUACGGUUUUUUUAAAUGUUUUCUUUAUUAGUAGAUUGCAUACUAGUAAAUAAGGUUUAUAAGAUCUAAUCUAUGCUGUAUCUGUGAUAUUUGGUGGCCUGUUUUCAUAUAACAAGUCCUUAUGAAACUAAAGGACAUUUUACCUAGCCUUUUAUGUCAGCAUUCUCUGAAUAAUCUUUAAUGCACUUCGUAAACACACGCAGUGACUGAUAGUCCUCAAAAUGCUAGCUCCCUUCCUAUUUUUAGAGCCAGGGAGAAAAAUCAGUUACAUUUUGGACUUCCUGUGUUUUCUUUUUCACAAGAUGUUCAGUAGGACUUCAAAGGGUUUUGUACAAACCUAGUUAAAAAAAAGACUAUUGCAAUCUAUCUUAAUAACAUUUUACAGAAGCUAUUUUAGAAUAUGAAGAGAAUGCAUAGAUGCUGUUUUUUUCAUGAUUAAUUUAUUUAUCUAUAAUAGAUGUAUAGAAAGGUUUUUCAACUAUUUGUAAGGGUGAAAUAUGCAAUAAAUUCCAGCCUAUCUUUUGAA